GCCAUAGUGGCAGGGUCAAGGAUAGUUCGGUUCCCAUCAGGGAAAAAGUCUACAGGAAUGGCGAGGGAGGGUAAAUAAAAUAAAAUCAGACACUUAUAUUCAUGAUAUUACGGUACAAAUGGGCUGUGCUCUAAGUUUCAUCAUGUCAGGGAUCAUCUGUAAACUACUGUACGUUUAAGGUACUGUACAGUAUUAAAUUGGUUGUGAACAGUAUAAUUCGGCGGUACAGUAAUCACGGAUAAUUAAGAUCACAUAAGCAGGCUGUGUGGUCCAGUGGUUAAAAAAAGGGCUUCUAACCCGGAGGUCCCCGCUUCAAAUCCUACCUCAGCCACCGAUUCAUUGUGUGACCCUGAGCAAGUCACUUAACCUGAUGGUGCAGCUGAUGCAGAUCACACACCCCUAGUCUCUGUGUAAGUCGCCUUGGAUAAAGGCGUCUGCUAAAUAAACAAAUAGUAAUAACAACGAUUUUAUCUAGCAUCUACAAUACAUAGUGCUGGAGAGCCAAUUGAAUUGUUUUCUUCAAGGACAUUUCAGAAAACUUUGGAAGACUUUGCUAUACAUCAUAAGUCAUUUUUUUGUAAGGCAUUUACAACAAGGCGGGCAGCAGUGUGGUGAACCCCAAUUCAACCACCGGCAAUAAAAAUGCAGAAAGCCACCAUUACUAGUGGAAUCACAGCCCAGAGGAUUUCCAAAACCAUCACAUUUUACAAGAAUGAAUCUAAAGCAGCCUCCAUGCUCCAACAGAAUGGCCCCAAGCCUCUUCUGCUGCUUCUUCCCUGGCUGGGUUCUCAGCCGCACGCUGUGGACAAGUAUCGUGAGAUCUACUUCAGGCAGGGGUUUGACGUUCUGACCGUGGAGAGCAAGACCAGUCACUUCCUGUGGCCGAGGUGGGGGUUGGACUAUGGCGCCCAGGUACUGGAGUUGCUGCAGAGUGACAACUUUGUGUCCCGCCCACUGCUGCUUCAUGCCUUCUCCAUUGGAGGAUACACCUUCUCUCAGAUGAUGGUGCACAUCUCCAAGAAUGCUCAGCAAUACAAGAGCGUGACUGACAGGAUCAAGGGUCAGAUCUAUGACAGCCUCGUCAUAGGCUCUGUGGAGAAAAUGGCAACAGGAGUUGGAAAGAUGGUGCUUCCGAAUGUGGAAGGGUUACUGCGCAAGGGCACUCUGCUCUACUUCAGUGUCCUAAAGGGCUAUACAGUGGAUUACUACAAUGUCGCCAUUGGUAUGUUUUGGAAUAACCCACCACAGACUCCAGCCUUGUUCUUCUACUGUGAGAAUGACCCACUCAGUGAUCACAAGGAGGUAGAGAGAUUGCUGAAAAGUUGGCACCUGCAGGGGAUUAACGUGGUGGGGAAAGGCUGGAAAGAUUCCCUGCAUGCAGGGCACCUCCGAAAGCACCCCCAGGAGUACCUGGCGACACUGCACCAGUUCCUGCAGUCCCUCAACAUGACACCACUGAAGGCUAAGAUGUAAAAAUGAAUGUUACAAGCAAUAUCACAUAUAUUGGAUUACAAAUAGUGUGUGACACAAAAAAACAAGACACCAUCAUAAUAAUUUAGAAUGUUCAGGGUGAAGUUUCUGAAACCCCUUCCUAUAAACCUUGGUCACGUGCUCACCUAAACAAUGUGACCAAAUACAGAACAUAACAAUGUGACCAAAUACGAAACAUAACAGUGACCAAAUACGAAACAUAACAGUGACCAAAUACGAAACAUAACAGUGACCAAAUACGAAACAUAACAACGUGAACAAAUACGAAACAUUACGUGAACAAAUAUGAAACAUAACAACGUGACCAAAUACGAAACAUAACAAUGUGACCAAAUACGAAACAUAACAACGUGAACAAAUA